AGACGACAGCUCCACAGUGCUGCUUUUGGACGAUGAUAUUUUGAAAGCCUCUGGGAUGUUGACAAUGGUGGUCAAGAACAAGAAUGAUAAUAAAGAUAUUUAUUAACAAAUACAUUUGGUUUUGUAGUAUUAUUCUAUUUAAAGAGAGAUGACUGUGUACAAUAUCUACAUUUUUAACCGCGAAGGCACCUGUCUGUAUUAUUAUGAAUGGAAUAGAAGAACUGACUGUAACAUGUCCAAGUACGAGGAAUUCAAAUUGUUACAUGGCAUGCUGUUUUCCAUCAAAUCAUUUGUUACAAGAUGGUCACCAAUUGAUGGGAAGAAUUCCUUUAUAAGUUAUCGCACAAAUAAAUAUAAGUUACAUUUUUAUGAAACACCAACUGGUAUGAAGUUUGUUAUGAAUACAGAUCUUUCUGUUGGGAAUAUUCAAGGCAUGCUUCAUGAUAUUUACAACAAGAUAUAUGUGGAAUAUAUUGUAAAGAAUCCAUUGUGCAAGCUGAAUGAGCCAAUUCAAAGUUCAUUGUUUCGAACUAAAUUAGAUGAACAUGUCAAGUCUUUAUCAUUCUAUUAAACACCAUUUUAUUAUCAGUAGGCAUACAUUUUGGAAGUCCAAAAAUAUUCAAUUUGAAGAUAUCUAUUAUUGUACCUAACAAUAGUAUGAAUUAUAUAGAAUACAAAAUCUUUGUCAAUGAGUUUGUUAUUUUGAUCAAAAAACUUGUUUGUAACUUUG